UAUUAUUAGAUUGACGGAGUAGUCUGUUAUAUAAACCAGAGUAGAACGAAUUUUUUGAACAUUUUUUGACGAACUUUCUUAAGCAGGGACUAGAUUUUCUAGACUGGGUUUGAAAUGGAAGAAAACUUCUCUGCGCCAAACAAAUCAUUUUUGCCUCGAAUUUUGCAAAAUGCGAAACAUGUAUUGAGUCUUCUACCCAUGAUUGUCACUGUCUACCUGCAAUUAUUUCUUUAUACUGUGCCUCUACUUACGGUCAUCGUUUUAGCAAGAGAAUGGGCACCGACCCCUUAUUACUGGGAACAGAAGUGGGGUACGACUUUGGCGUGGAUAGACCAGAAUCGGCGUCUUGCCUUGGGAUUUGUUCCGUCUUUUAUUGCCGCGAUCAUGUAUUGGUUGGUCGGCGCAAUUUUUUUGGUUUUUGACUUUACUGGCUGGAUGUCCAAGUACAAAACGCAGCCAGGCACCAACGAGCCCUUGCAAGCACCCCGUCUGACCAAGGUGGUCAAAUGUGUGCUGAUCAACCAAUUCGUCGUUGGAAUGUCGCUCACAUUGCUCAUGCACGAAAUCACCCGCUUGACGUCGACGAAGGAGCAACUUGACCUGAACAAAUUUAAGGAACUGCCCUCGAUUUCCACGAUGCUAAUCCACCUGGCCGUGUUCGCGACGGUUAGAGAAGUUCUCAACUAUUACACGCACAGGCUGAUGCACCAUCGCUUGUUCUACAAGAACGUUCACAAGCAACACCAUAUGUGGUCGGCACCAAUUGCCCUGAUCAGUAUUUAUUGCCACCCAGUGGAGCACAUCAUCGUCAACGCCUUUCCCGCAAUCACGGGACCGAUUCUGAUGAAGUCUCAUCCACUCGUCCUUUGGUCAUGGUUUCUGCUUGUCCAGCCCUGGUCAAUGAUCAUCCACUCUGGCUACCACUUUCCCCUCUUUCCAUGCCCUGAGUUCCACGACUUUCACCAUAUGACGAGCACUUCAAAUUUUGGAAAUCUGACAAUCAUGGACGCAAUCCACGGCACGGACAAGCAAUGGAAGAAAAGCGAGUCAUACAAAAGGAGUUUCACACUCUUUGGAGUUAAGCCAGCACGUGAGAUAAUAAAAAGACUGCAAUAGAAACUGCUUUUAGAUAAACCGACUAUGAUUAAUUCAUAGUAUUGAACUAGAUUCAAAAAUAUAAUUUAAUGUUGCCAAAUUUUGUGAAUAGAAAUAAAAACGACAA